CUGGGCACGCCCCAAAGUAUAAGAAGUUUGGCUGCGAACCGCUUCGGAUCGAGUAUGACUGAAUUGCGACUGUGUUUGGCUUUGUAAUGCCACUCAUCUGAAAUCCAUGUCCGCAAUCGAUCGAUCUUACGACAUGACUUCGUUCUCCGUCAGAGACAUUCUUAAUUUACCCGACACCGGACUAUGCCCGUCUAAAAGCGAAACAACCCAUGAAUCGUCCUCAACCGAGAGUUAUCAUUGCCCUGGCGGAAACACUCAUACUCCGUCAUGUGGCUCUGUAGUGUGUAAUCAAGGCCAAGAGUACUCAUAUACAAAUCCACAUCCGAGCCCGACAGAAAGGCCUUCGACAUCCUCAGCGGGCUCCCAAGAAAUAUCUGAGCGAGAGGAAACGCCAGAUGACUUGAACGAUCCGCCAAAAAAGCGGAAACGAAGAGUUCUGUUCACCAAGGCGCAAACUUAUGAACUCGAAAGAAGGUUUCGUCAACAAAGGUACCUCUCCGCGCCGGAGCGCGAACAGCUCGCGAGAAUAAUCAAUUUAAGCCCGACGCAGGUGAAAAUUUGGUUUCAGAAUCAUCGAUAUAAAUACAAGAAACAGAGUUUUGAAAAAGGAGUUAUGAAUGAAGGACCUCCAUUGUUCACCCCAAGAACUGUUCCUGUGCCUGUCUUAGUGCGAGAUGGCCAGCCUUGUCAUGGCGCUUCGGUCAAUAAUUUUGGAUAUUUACGGCACGAUCCUUCAGACUUCUAUCAUUUUCCUGCAGUAAGUUCAUCAUACAUUCCUCCUAGCAAUCCUUAUUGGAGCUGGUAGCAUAAGCAUGCUUUGUACAACGUGUGUUGGGAGAAGAAUCCACAGAACAAUGCAGAUCUCCUUGAAAUAAUCUGUCACGGAGAAAAGAACAAAGUCAAUUGUAAGCUUAUAAGCCAACAUUGAUUUCAAAAACCUACGAGGGCAAAGGAUCUCAUUAUUUAAAGAAUCUAACAAUUUGUCCAGGUUUGAUGUUUUUAUUAGAUGUUCUUAAAUUUCUUUGGAGUUCUCUUUCGACAAACGCGCAGCAAAGGCUAUUUUCGUGUGAUAUAACAGCUGUUGUCUUUUACGUCUCAGAAAUGAUUGAAAAGAUUUUUGUUUUUAUCCUUUAAAAAUUGUAAGAAACCAGAUUUUUUUAGCAAAUGAUUUUGUAGAUGUUUCUUUUAAACGAAAAUUUUUGAUUUCGUAGUUAUUUUUGUACUAUAAGUUGCUAGGUUGCUUGAAAAUUGUUCCUAAUGCUUUUAGUAAAUGCAUGUCUGAAAUUAUGAAGAUGAAGAUAAGAGCUCAUCAUUUUUCAGGAGAUAAUCCUUGGCAAGGUAAACUUAAAUUCUAAUUACAAAUCCUCUCGUUUUCACUAAAAUGCUAGUUAUUUGAGUUUGGCGUAAACGUCGGUAGCAAUUAGUUAGUUUUCUUCGCCAAAGCAGCUUUUCGUUUUACCGCACGAAUUGUCACAAAACAUUACAACCGCAAUGCUGGGCGCUCACGAAUGAGUGAAUCAAAAUUGACAACGCAAUAUUUGGCAAACAACACGUCUCGUUCUACUUAAAGGAUUUUAUGAGAUGUUCUCUAACACUUUGACACACAAUUUUCGCACUUAACCCGGAGCCUGCUUUUGUAAAACCAAACAACCGAAGAAAUUCUCUCAUUAAGACAUGAAAGUACCAGUUUUUGUUUUCAUUUUAAAGUGAAGAUGGGGAAAAGGUUGUUACGGGCUUUGGUCACAAUGUUUAAUGGACCGUGGAAUCAGCUCGUAAUUGAUUGUUGUUCGUGUUUACUCGAUGAAAAAAGAGGAGUGGUCAGUGUAAUUUCUUAGAAUGGAUCUUUACCAAAUUGAAUCAACGCUAGUUUGCCUUCGGAUUAGCUCAAAAGAAAACAGUGACAAUCGACAGACAUCACAAGCAAAUCGUUUCGAUAUCACAGAGUUUGAGUCAAUUAGAAUAAGUUAUGCAAUUUGAAACUUAUAAUACUUCCUCUAUUUUGAAUUACAACCUACACUGUACUCAAAGUUAAAGGUAAAAUUGGUACUACGCUUCAUUUUAUUGAGAGCUUCAAGUCGCAAAUGGAAAAAAAAAAACGAGAGAAUCGAAAGAAAACACUAUGAAUAAUACAUUACCCACUGUUUCACUUAUACCUCUUUGUUGAAAAGUGUUAAUAAAUUAGGGAAACAAAAACAUUAUGUUGGAAUGAUUUCGAGUGUUGGAAGCGGGCGUGCUAACGAAGAGCGAAAUUUCGAGCACUUGUUUUCUUCUCGAGAGCAAUAUGUCAAACUCAUCCGACUUUUAACAGACGUUUUCACGCUUUCGUAGUCAAGUGUAGCUUUGGCGAGGAUGGGAAAAGAUAGGUGCAGAUGUGUAAAACAUAGUUCUUGGUUCGAAUUCUUUUCUGUGUGAUGCAAACUUGCCUGCUUCUUCAGUUUUCCUACGUAUUUAUAAUUUCAAGUCACUUCACAGAAGGCAAGACUUUCACGAACUCGAUUACCUCCGCGCAGCGCGUGUAUAAAUGAACAAAGUUUUAUUUAUUUUAUUUAACCUAUCUCAGUUACAGCUGACUACUUUAAGUAAUGGAACACAAUUAAACAUUGGAAAUAAAACGAAACAUGAAAGCUCUAUGUAAAACGUGCAUGUCUCUGUUUAGCUAUUUUUAAAAUUGACCCACGAAGACACAUGCCAAUCCGGCCAAGAAGAAUCCAGUUUGAGAAUGAUUUCCAAAGCCAAGCACUUCAUUGUAACUGCUUCUUUAUUUUAUAGAUUUGAGAUUGUGGCAAACAAAUUAAUAGCAAUCACACAUAGCCAUAUUUUGCAAGAAUUAUGGCAUUAUAACUAUUCUACCACAUAAAUAUAUGGAGAUCUCUAACACUGAAAUGCAUAUAACCUAUGCAAAGUGCCCCCCAUGUUUGAAGAGGGAAACUACUUAUAUGGUAACUGAGAUUUUAUAGGGUUGUUUUACGAUGAUGUGAAAGUUCGUAGAUGAUGUUUUUGUCUCACUGAAAUAUGACAGAGACAUUUUUUUGUUAAUAUAAUGGACAAUGUGUAGUUAAAAGGAGGUAGGCGUCACAGGUGGUAGAGUUGCUUAAGUGACGCGCUGAUGUAAAAAUGUCUGAUAUUGUAUGAGAAACUCUGGAUGGUUCUCUUCAACAUUGUUAUGUCUUAGUUACUUUUAAUCUUUCUUUAUCGUCGGAUUUAAAUGAUAUCUAUUGGCGUUAUUCCAUUCUUUUCAUGAGCUACCAGUUAGGAGCACUUCACACAGCUGGUGGUAUGGAAUGAAAUUAGAGCAAAGGCCACGGAAAGAUGCUACAUUGUGUGGAGGUAGCGGAUAUUCAAUUUGUUUCUCGGGAAAUAAAUGGAGGUGUUCCCCGCUUCAACGUGCUUUUAUGAUUCGUAUUGUUUUGGUUGUAACUCAUACCUCAUCUAAGUAUUUAUUACAGCUUUGGUAUACCGAUGGGCGUUUUUAUUCCAAUCUCAAGUAAAUGCAAGAAUUAGGUUUAUUGUUUAAGGAUAAUGUUUUGAAUUGGAACGGUUGUUGCUUCAACAACUAACAGGGCCACUUAAAAAAAUGAAAAAAAAAAUUUUCUCUUGAAAUAUUAAAAUGUCUUUAAUGCAUAAAACGCGGUAGAACCUUUUAAAACAAGGAAUCUAUUAAAAUUAGUUGAAGACCAGUUAA